GUGGUUCGUUAGUGGCCAACGCUGUUGAAUGAAAAAAAGUCGCCGACGGUGACAGUGACCGUCAUUGUUGAUUGCAAUUACGUAGCGCUGCGAGCAGUCGUCAUCUUGUGUUACGACCAAUUUUGUUUACACUAGUGCAAUUUACACGCAUUCCAUUUGUUAACGCCGGCGACAGGUCAACGAACCGCGGUCAAACUUCUCUCUAUAGUCCGUAAUCGACAAGCAGAAUGAACGAACCGGAUACAGCAUUGAAUACAACUGAAGAAACACGUCUCUUCGGAGAAAUACCUCAAGCUACACCAGCCCUGCAAGGACUUACAACACAUAUGAAACAAGAAGUCCUGAGUGGGGUCCAGCCAACGGCGGCCUUGGCAGCGGCCGGAGAGAAUGGUAAUCAAAGUUCCGGCGUAAGUAGUGCUAUCAGCAGCAUUAUGAAUGUGGAACUCGGAGCUACCGGAACUAAUGGUUCAGUUGCCGAAAGAGUACUUUUGGACCAUCCAGUGGAGCAGAAACUUCAGCAAGAUUUAGUGAUUGAUAUGGAAGGUUCACCCGUGCCAAGCUACACGAAAAUGAGUUUCCCAGAGAUUGUACAGCAGCUUCGAGCCUCAUUCAACAGUGGCAAAACGAGAAAUGUUGAGUACAGACUGAAGCAGCUGAAUGCUCUUCUACGGUGCUACGAAGAAAAUGCCGCGGAAAUGGCGAACGUGCUGGCCGCGGAUCUGCGCAAGCACAAGCAGGAGGCUUACCUGCUUGAGAUCGACUUUAUUCUGAACGAUCUUCGCAACACUCUGUUUAAUCUACGCGAGUGGGUGAAACCGGAAAAACCUGAUAAGAGCCUGGUGAACGUCAUGGACGGCGUAUACAUUUACAAGGAUCCCUACGGCGUAGUGCUGGUAAUCGGUGCCUGGAACUAUCCGUUGCAGUUGACGCUGGUCCCAGUUGCAGCGGCCAUUGCAGCCGGCAACUGUGUCGUAAUCAAACCGAGCGAAGUUGCACCGGCUUCGGCCAAAUUUAUCGCCGAUAUGCUGCCCAAGUACCUGGAUGCGGAUUGCUACCGGGUGGUGACGGGUGGCCCAAAGGAAACCACCGAGCUGUUGAAAGAAAAGUUCGAUUACGUGUUCUACACCGGUUCGGGACGGGUGGGCCAGAUCGUGCAUGAAGCAUGCAGCCGUCAUCUGACGCCCUGCACACUCGAGCUGGGCGGUAAAAGCCCUUGCUAUCUGGACGGUACUGCCAACAUCGCCAUCGCUACGCGGCGCAUACUGUGGGGCAAGUUUAUCAAUGCGGGCCAGACGUGCAUCGCACCCGAUUACGUGCUGUGCAGCAAACAGGUACAGAAGCAGUUCCUGGAGGAGGCCCGCAAGGUACUGAAGGAGUGGUACGGUGCCAACCCGAAGGACAGUCCUGAUCUGUGUCGCAUCAUCAACCAGAACCAUUUCCAGCGGCUGUCGACUCUGCUGAAGGGUGCCAAUGUGGCGAUCGGUGGAGAGACCGAUCUACAGGAUCGAUACAUCUCACCCACGAUCCUCGUGGACGUCAAGUCGACCGAUCCGGUGAUGCAGGACGAAAUUUUUGGUCCCAUUCUACCGAUCCUGAAUGUAGACAAUGCGUACGAUGCCAUCAAGUUCAUCAACUCCAGUGCUAAGCCCCUCUGCCUGUACAUCUUCAGCGAGAAGAAAGCGGAUAGACGUACGAUUAUCGAAAACACCACCAGCGGAGGUGUUUGCGUAAACGAUACAUUAAUGCACUGUGCAGUUGAAACUUUGCCGUUUGGAGGUGUCGGCCCAAGUGGUAUGGGUUCGUACCAUGGUAAGUACUCAUUCGACACGUUCGUCCACAAGAAGUCGUGUCUGACGAAAGACUUCAAUCCGAUUGGCGAGAAGCUGGCUGCCUCCCGAUACCCGCCGUACUCGGAGAGUAAACUGUCCUUCCUGAGCACCUUGCUGAAGAAGCGUCAAGGAAUUAACACCAAAUUUUUGCCAUACCUACUGAUGUUCGGCGUUGGUGUAGCAUCGACACUUUUGAUGACUACAAUCCUUAAGGACGACGAUUAAACGAACUAUGGCUGACCAUUGGCUAAUUUCACCUAGGGUACUAUUUUCAUCGAAAGAUUUCCACAGCUACAUAAAUUGCAAUAGCAGAACGGGAGCUACUUCAAGCGGAUACUGGGGGCACGAUAAAGUUUUCAUGUGUUUUGUAUCUUUGUGAUACUGAUUUUUCCUGCACCUCCAGCCGGUAUCUGGGAUUGGUGAGAUGGGAAAGCAUGUGAUUGCCAACGGGACGAUAAGAGCGUGAUUAUACACAGUUUGGGAUUAUGCGCAAGUGAUAACAUUUUACAGAAACGUUAGGUCGCUGACAGGAUGUUGACGAGCUUAGGGUUUAAGUUUUAAAACAGUCAAGGUAGGCGUAGAGAUCAACGUAAAUUACUGGGAAUAGUGCAUUUGCGCUACACACUUUUGGGUACAAGCAAUAAAUGUUUGGGAAAUUU